CACGCCUACUUGUUUGCCAACCGCGGUCUCGUUUCGCCUUACGAGCGAGGCGCGCUCCCGUGGUUCCCUUCACCAUUCCAUCUCUCCGCAGUGUAGCGGGGCUCCAAAAGGAGGAGGAUGUGGUGAAAAAGAUGGCGGAGCUGCAGAUGCUGCUGGAGGAAGAGAUUCCGGGCGGCCGGCGGGCCCUGCUGGAUAGCUACACCAACCUAGAGAGAGUGGCCGACUACUGCGAGAACAAUUACAUACAGUCUUCAGACAAGCAAAGAGCCCUAGAAGAAACCAAAGCCUAUACGACUCAGUCUUUAGCUAGUGUGGCUUAUCUGAUCAACACUUUAGCCAACAAUGUCCUUCAGAUGCUGGAUAUACAAGCUUCUCAGCUUAGGCGAAUGGAGUCAUCCAUCAAUCAUAUUUCACAGACCGUGGACAUUCAUAAAGAAAAAGUUGCUAGAAGAGAAAUUGGAAUUUUGACAACCAACAAAAACACCUCUAGAACGCACAAAAUAAUUGCUCCUUCAAACCUGGAGCGACCAGUCCGUUAUAUUCGUAAACCUAUUGACUACACAAUUCUCGAUGACACCGGACAUGGAGUGAAGUGGUUGCUUAGAUUCAAGGUUAGCACACAAAACAUGAAGAUGGGAGGGCUGCCUCGUACCACACCACCAACCCAAAAGCCACCAAGUCCGCCAAUGACUGGCAAAGGAACUCUUGGGCGACACUCACCCUAUCGCACACUGGAGCCUGUGCGUCCCCCUGUGGUACCAAAUGACUAUGUACCAAGCCCCACACGUAACAUGGCUCCCCCUCAGCAACAGAGCCCUGUUAGAACAGCUUCAGUCAACCAGAGGAACCGCACAUACAGUAGCAGUGGGAGUAGUGGAGGCAGUCAUCCCAGUAGCAGGAGCAGCAGCCGUGAAAAUAGUGGAAGCGGGAGUGUGGGCGUCCCCAUUGCUGUCCCCACCCCUUCUCCUCCAAGUGUUUUUCCUGCCCCCGCUGGCUCAGCUGGCACUCCUCCUAUCCCUGUUACCUCCACUUCUGCCCCUGUCUCACAUCCCCCUGCUGCUACUGUCCCUCCCUCCUCAACCACCCCUGAUGCUGCUGUAGGAGCACAACCCCCUGCUGAUGGUUUCACCUCUCCAACUCCCCCUGCUGCUUCCUCUGCUCCUCCUACAGGGCAUCCUGCACAGUUUUACAGUAUGAAUAGACCAGUAUCUCGGCACAAUCCACCAGCAAUCGGAGGCUCUCUGCCCUAUCGGCGUCCUCCAUCGAUGACCUCUCAGCCCAGCCUUCAGAACCAGAUAAAUGGAGGGCCUUUUUACAGCCAAAACCCAGUGUCACAUGCUCCACCUCCUCCCUCCAUUCUACAAGUAACGCCACAGCUGCCUUUGAUGGGAUUUGUGGCUAGAGUUCAAGAAAACAUAACAGAAACCCCGCCUCCACCACCUCCUGCAGAAGAGCCUGUCUUUGACGAAUCACCUCCCCCUCCUCCCCCUCCAGAAGACUAUGAAGAAGAAGAGGCUGCUGUAGUAGAAUACAGUGAUCCAUAUGCUGAAGAAGACCCCCCUUGGGCUCCAAGGACUUAUUUAGAGAAAGUUGUUGCUAUUUACGACUACGCGAAAGACAAAGAGGAUGAGCUAUCCUUUCAGGAAGGAGCCAUAAUAUACGUGGUCAAGAAGAAUGAUGAUGGGUGGUACGAGGGAGUCAUGAAUGGAGUGACGGGGCUUUUCCCAGGCAACUAUGUGGAAUCUAUCAUGCACUAUUCUGAAUGAUGAUGACACACGGCCCAGUGAAACUCUCCAGCUGACUUCCCACAUUUACAUGGGCCUUUUGUGGGGCCAAACAAGUGAAUGAAUGGAGAUCAAAUUUUUAUUUUAUGAUUACAAAUUAGUGGUGCAAGUUAUUUGAACAAAGUGUUCUUUCAUCGCAGCAGCUCUGGUUUAUUGAAAUAAUUUUCUUUUUGUUGGGGAAAAAAAAAAAAAGAAAGAAAAAAAAAUCCUGGCAUUGCUUAUCCUUGUUUUGUCUUUUCUACCCCCAAAGUUCCAAGAUCAAGGGAUGUAAUUACGGGUAAUGUACCCUGUCAUUUCCAAGUAUUUGAUAUGCGUUUCUUGCUGUACCGUUUAUGCAGCUGAAGUAGUUCUUGCCGGAUCUUGAGUCUUGUAAACUGCUCUGCGGUCACAUUGUACGAGGAAUGAAAUUGACCUUUGAACAAGUGAGGAGCCUAAGGCAGAUUUUGAGUUUCAGUACAAAUGUAUUUUUUCAGCAUAAGCACAAUAAAGUGUAACACCUGCAUCACCCACCAAAGAUCUAGAAUCUAUACCUAGGCCAAGGUGCAAUAAUCCUUCAUCUGUGGCACAUAAUGGCAUCAAUUCUUCCCUACUUCUCUUAAUCACUACCACGUGGGGAAUUUCUUUACGUUGCCGCCGCGAUUCUUUAAAUACAAAAUGGAUUCGGAUGAAUGUGGCGCGUUUAACAAUCGCGACCUAAACCAGCUGCAGUUUUCCAGUUUUAGGAAUAACACAUUGGCAUGAUUACAGUAAAGCUGUAUAGUUAAUGCAAACAGUGUAUAUGAUUUUGGUAUUAAGACAACCUUGUGUAUUAUUUCGUAUCCAUUGCUGAAACUGGAAGCGACAUCUUUUGAGAGAAGAGUGUUUGUUGGAGCAGUAGGUUGCACAGGCCUGUGUAGUGACACUACGACAAUGCAUUGCAGCCUUCUCUGCCAUAAAGGUUGAUUCAAUUUUACCAGAUUUCUGGUGUUUGGAAAAUAAAAAGUAAUAAGCUACACAAUAAAGGUUUUGUUCGUUUCUUGAA